CGUGAACACGCGACCAACGCAAGGAGGGGGGCUUCCAGACGCGUGCCGCUUUUUAAGCAGACCCAGCGCCUUGAGACAUCAGAGAAGGAGUCCCGCACGCGACCUGAAGCCUCACAUACAGGCACAUACAAACAAACAGUGCGAAAGAGCUGUGCGUUAUUGGGACAUUUUCUGAUACAGGAAAACUUUUUUUGCUUUAUUUAUUUAUUUUAAUUAUUUUACUUGUUGGAAGUGUUGGACAUGGACAUGUUAACGGUGGAGGAGUGGGGUAAAGGCGCGCGAGAGGUUGCUUCCCUGACUGCACUGCAGGUGGAAGCAGGGGCGCUGGAGAGGGGAGGGAAGCGGCAGCUCGAGGCGUCCCGCUACGACCCCGGACUUACGCUCGUGGACAGCGGCAGUGACCCACGCGCCUGGCUAAGCGACGCAUCUGGCACCUGUGCGGCACACGCCAGCUCACCCGACAACCUGCGGCACUCGCCGUGCCCGAGCACUGGCUCCUACCAUGAGAGUUGCUCCCCUGGGUCCUCGGGACAUCCCAGCCCUCCCAUUCAUAGAAGAUCUGCCAAGAGUCCCUCCUCCUCCUCGCUCAAAGUAAGGGACCUUUGUCGCCUGAAAAGCACCAUCUCGGGGCCCGAAGAAGAAACCCCCGCGAGACUGAGAGCUCCAUCCAGCAAGCCAGUCAGCGGCAUCCAGAAGCAGAGGCGGGUGGCCGCCAAUGCGCGUGAGAGGAGGCGCAUGCACGGGUUAAACCACGCGUUCGACGAGCUGCGCAGCGUCAUCCCGGCUUUUGACAACGACAAAAAGCUCUCCAAAUACGAAACUUUGCAGAUGGCGCAGAUUUACAUCAACGCGUUGGCCGAGUUGCUCCAAGGUCCAGCGUCCUCCAGCAAUAAUGAAAACUCCAGCGGUUCACAAAAGGGUGACAUUUUGCUUUCACCCGCAGAUGGUUUUGAAAGCGCACAAGACAGGGAAGCCCAAUCGGCUUCCGUUACCUGCAGAACAGCGGCGGCUCUACCCUUAUCUGGUGAUACCAUACCUGUUCGAAUAAACGGAAUGCCUUUCCGCUCUUCAUUCCAAGAAAUCCACUCCACUAGCAGAGUUAAGGGAGCGAUGUGUCCCCCUUCUCCCUCAUCCUCACUUGGGAAUGGGAGGAAAGAGUCGCCAAGAAGCGACGGGGAGUUUUCCCCUCGUUCCCACUUCAGUGACUCGGAUGAAAUGGCAGUGGAGCUCCACUCAAGUGAAGAUGAUGAUAUGUCAGAACUCAAGCUACCCGGCCACCGUAAUCCCACUGUGUCAUUCAAACUAAAUUAUGAAUAAAUACACCUAUAGCCUAUAUGCAACAACAUUGACCAAAUUUUAGUAAACUGUGUCAAUCUUGGAUUUUUAGUUUGGAAAUAAGCUUUUCUUUUUUUUCAAUUUUGCAAAUAAAAAAAAGCGAUUACGAGUUCUUCAUCGAUUGUUUAAUUAUCAACGUAUGUGAAAAUUGCCUGAUUUGGUUCUGCCAAUAUAAAGAUUAUUCCAAUUUAUCUAAGUAUGUUAAGUUUUUAUUGAGACGUGGGUGGAUGACCCCUCUGCCAUGUCGCGCACAGCACAGCCACGGGCAUUUCCCACGUCCCUCCAACAAAAACUGUCUUCCACAAAAUCAGAACUUUCCUCAUUAGCUACUGUUUGAUGUAUUUGAGUUUUCUUUUUUUUUUUUACUUUUUAGAAAUGAUUUGAAAUGUCUCCCGAUUUCUGUUUUAACUGAUAAGUUGUAUUAUUAUUUUUUUCAACUUCUAAAGUUUAUAACGUGCACUUUAAAUAUAGGGGCCAGAGGCUUCAGAUUUUCCAGAGUUGUAAUUUUUCUUUGUUCCCCUAAACCUUCCCAGAAUACAGAUGUGCUUUGUCUGCUAGUGUAGUACUGCCAACCUUAUACAAGUAGUUUAAUGUAGCCAUCAUUGCUGCCUUUUUUUUAAGUUAUUUUUUUUUUCUUCGCUAAAAUAAGUUUGUGUGACUGUUUUUUUCACUGGCUGAGAUUAAAUGAUGUUUUUCCUUUUCAUAUAGCCUAUUUAUUUCUCAAAUGAUUCUUACGUUUUGCUUUUUGUAACUGUAUCGUUUAGAUUGAUGGGAGAAAUAUUAAGCAGUCAUUUUGCCAUUCUUUGUUAUUUUAUUUGACUUUGGAAAU